AUGGACCACACCUCUGGCCUGCACAUUGCCAACGUUCACUUGGGUUACAAGGAAGUAACGCUGCUCACCACACCUGCAAUGUGGGUCUGGGAGGAGGAGGAGGAGGCAGCGGCAGCCUUCCAAGGUCUCCCUCAGCCUCUCCCCCCACCCCCACCCCAGGAGAAGCUUGGCAAGAUGAAAGCGGGUGAGGCCAAGCUGGAGGCGGACAAGCAGCGCCUGAAGGCCGUCUUGGAUGCUGCAGAGGGUCGCUGCACCCAAGUGGAGCUGUCGAGACGCUCGCUGGAGGGGGAGCUACAGAGAUCCCGGCUGGGCCUCUCCGAUCGCCAGGUGGAGCUCCAGGGGCUGCGGGACCGUGUCGACGCUCUGCAGAGGGAGGUGGCCGAGGGGGAGAGGAGGGCGGGUGCCCAGCAGCUGUCCCUGGACCGCCUUAACCUGGUGCUGGCCAAGGCUGUGGAGACCGAGCGCUCCCUCCAGGAGAAGGUGCAGGCGCUCUCGGCCUCCCUGCUGGAGAGCAAGACCAACAGUGGCGCAGCCCAGGAGAAGGUGCUGGAGCUGCAGAAGGCGCUGGCGGCCAGCGAGCAUGAGCGGCGGGUGCUAAAUUUUGUUGUUUGGUUGUAA